CAAAGCUGGAGUGAAAGCAACCGCCGCUUAGUUUUUGUCGCAAAGUUCGCUAGAUUUUGUCCGAUGGAUUCGGUCACUGAAUCCGUGGAGGAUCUUUUCUCUCUGCUUUGAGUGCUCAUUUCAGGAACCAAAAUGUCAAAAGUUGCUGCACUUCAGUCCAGUUUCCAUCUCCUUUUCUUUUUUGUCAUUUUUCUGUGCUUGGUAAACACCAUAUUUUCCGGGGUUACGAGUUCUUUUACACGUUCUGAGUGGCCAGCGGUCGACAUCCCUUUGGAUAGUAAAGAAUUUGCAGUUCCAAACAAUCAGAAUGCUCCACAGCAGGUGCAUAUUACUCAAGGUGACUAUGAUGGGAAAGCUGUUAUAGUCUCAUGGGUGACAAACACAGGCCCUGGAAGUAGUGAAGUUUUAUAUGGGAAAUCUCAGAAUAAAUAUGAUCACGGUGCUCAAGGGAAAUCUACUAACUAUACAUUCUUUGAUUAUAAAUCAGGAUACAUUCAUCAUUGCUUACUUGAUGGGCUUGAGCAUGACACCAAGUACUACUAUAAGAUUGGGACCGGUGAUUCUGCUCGGGAAUUUUGGUUCCAAACACCUCCAGAGAUCAAUCCAGAUGCUCCUUACACAUUUGGUAUCAUAGGUGACCUGGGACAAACAUACAAUUCUCUUUCUACUCUUGAGCAUUACAUGCAAAGUGGAGGACAGACUGUUCUGUUUGUCGGGGAUCUUUCUUAUGCUGAUCGAUAUGAAUGUAAUAAUGGUACUCGGUGGGACUCUUGGGGUCGAUUUGUUGAGCGCAGUGUUGCAUAUCAGCCGUGGAUUUGGACUGCUGGAAACCAUGAAAUUGAAUAUAGACCCGACCUGGGGGAGGUUUCUACUUUUAAACCUUUUCUACAUAGGCAUGCAACCCCUUACGAAGCUUCACAGAGCAGCUCUCCCCUUUGGUAUGCAAUCAGGCGGGCAUCUGCCCAUAUCAUCGUGUUGUCCAGUUAUUCUCCAUUUGUUGUGUACACUCCCCAGUGGCAUUGGCUACGUGAUGAGCUGAAGCGAGUAGACAGGGAGAAAACACCUUGGCUCAUUGUUCUGAUGCAUGCCCCGUUAUACAACAGCAAUGAAGGACAUUAUAUGGAGGGUGAGAGCAUGAGGGUUGCUUUUGAGAGUUGGUUUGUUCAUUAUAAAGUUGAUGUCAUCUUUGCUGGACACGUGCAUGCCUAUGAAAGAUCGUACCGAAUCUCCAACAUAAACUACAAUAUAACAUCUGGUUCCCGCUAUCCUGUUCCAGACAAAUCAGCCCCUGUAUAUAUAACUGUCGGUGAUGGAGGAAAUCAAGAAGGUCUAGCUGUAAGGUUUUCUGAAGUCCAACCAGAUUAUUCUGCAUUUAGAGAGGCCAGUUAUGGACAUUCAACUUUGGAAUUGAAGAACAGAACACAUGCUUUCUACCGGUGGAACCGAAAUGAUGAUGGGAAGCAAGUUCCUACUGAUAAUGUUAUUUUUCACAAUCAGUACUGGGCGAGCAAUACGAGGAGGAGACUGAAGAAAAACCAUAAAUCUCAAGCUGUGGAUAGAUUACUUGCUACAUAUUGAGCAGACUCGAGCUGGAAUUAUUUCAUCGGAGUUGAGCUUUGUGUACCUAUUGCAUGAUAAAAAGGAGCAGCAGUCAGUUCGUAUUUUAAUGCAAAGCUAUUAAAAUUUUAUUUAGUUCUGGUGCUGAAUUAAUAAUAGAAGUCAUGUAAGAAUGGCAGGAGAUGAAUUAUUCUUUGAAAUUUAUGACUGGUGUCAUGUAAUUUGUUGAGAAAUGUUGAAGGUUUGAUGGUCACUUGUUAGAAAAGUUUAGGUGGAAGAUUGUUUUCAGGGAAUAAUCGCUGCAUAUACACUAAAUCUACAUCAAAGAAAGAGUCAUGCUAAUA